AUGGCGGAACAAGAACCUGAAGAGUUGAAAAGGGACAAUCCUAAAACAGAAAUGAAAGAGAUCGAACAACCUGAUGCUAGCUCAUCAUCUUGUGCAUGUAAAUUGGAGGAUGGCUGCCCUGAAUUUAGUAAUGAGCCCUUCAAGACUGAACCUUCUACAAAUGAAGAUAUGAAGGAAAUGGAAAUGGUGGAACAAGAAGAGUUGACCUGGGAUGAUCUUAAAAUAGAGUUGAUAGAGAUCGAACAACCGGCUGCGAGCUCGUCAUCUUGUGCAUGCAAAUUGGAGAAUGGCUGCCCUACAUUUAGUAAUGUUCCCUUCAAGACCGAACCUACUACAGAUGAAGAUAUAAAGGAAGUGGGUUAUAUGAAUUUAUGUCGUUCCAUCAUGAAAACUGAACCUAUGGAAUGUAAACAAUUUCAAUGCAAUCUUUGUCAAGAGUCAGUAGAUCAUUCUAGUUCACUCCGUUCUGACGGAGAAUGUGUCCCUGAUCCUCUGGAGACCAACCUUCAUAGUCAUAUAUGUAAACACUCAGAUGGACAAAGUGUACAUCUUACCACACAUAAACCAUCUCAUAAUAGAGAAAAACCUAAUCCUUGUAGCUUGUGUGACUAUAGAGCUAAAAAGUCAGACCAUUUAAAGAAACAUGUGUUAACUCAAACUGGUGAGAAACCUUAUCCCUGUAGUUUGUGUGACUUUAAAACUAGCAGAUCAGACGUUUUGAAGAGACAUAUGUGGACGCACAGAGAGAAACCUCACAAGUGUGAUAUUUGUAACUACUCUGCUGCAAGUAAAAAUAAACUGGUGAUUCACAAACGAACCCACACUGGAGAGAAACCUCACAAGUGUGAUAUAUGUAACUAUUCUGCUGCAAAAAUGGUGAAACAAGAAUCUAAAGAGUUGGACAAGGACAAUCUUAAAUUAGAGAUGAAAGAGAUCUAG